AUGAAAGAGAAGUACCCGGACUUUGUUCAAAAAUUGGAAGAGCAUGGUUUAAUAUAUACUCGAGUACUGGGAGAAGAGGAUGACCCUUCAUCCCCAAUUGGCCGUGGGUGGAAGUCGACGUUCUUGACUAAAGAGAAGAGUGUGGCCGAGGAAAGGGCUGCUAAGUUAAACAUGAAGCUGGAAUGGACAGAGGAUGGAGUGAAAACCAUAAUGGGCCCUAUCCCGGCUAUCAAAUUUGACAGAACAAGGCAGCGCAAGAUUUGGUUCAACAGCAUGGUUGCUGCUUAUACAGGCUGGGAAGAUGCACGAAAUGAUCCAGUCAAGGCAGUCGCUUUUGGGGAUGGAAAACCAUUACCGUCUCAUAUUAUCUACGACUGUCUGAGAAUCUUAGAAGAUGAAAGUGUUGUCAUACCAUGGCAGGAAGGCGAUGUGUUAUUGAUCGAUAAUUUGGCUGUUCUUCACUCUCGAAGGCCAUUCGCUUCACCUCGACGCAUCUUGGCUUCACUUUGCAAAUAA